UGGCAGACAAGUAGCUUGGAGAAGACCUUAGAAAGCCAUGAGGCACUCCUGCAAAGACUCGGCGCUCACCAUCAAUCAACGAUGACAUCUGACUGGACACAACGGCAAACGAAGGAGUUGCAUAACCUCCAAAAGAUGGAGUUGGAGUAUAAUCGAGAAAUGGAGGCAGUGGCGAACAUUAGGAAGGAUACGGAACUUCUGGAGCGAGAUGGAACAGCUGCGGAGUGCGCGUUGAAACUUUGGGAAGAACGCCUUCAGGAAUUAGAGCACUCCGUUUUGCAACCCCAAGACCAUCAACAUGCACUGCUACAGUUGAGGAAUAAAGUCGUCGAAAAGCAGAUGGAACUAGAGAGAAUUGGCAAGGCACAGGUGGAGGCCACCAAGGUACUGGAGAAGACAGUGCUCCAGCACAGAGGCCUGCUGAAGAAGCUGGAGACGUCCGGUACCGGCAGCAGCUGUCAGCAGAAGAGACGAAUGACUGCAUCACGUAUACGGCACUUGGAGAGAGAGGUUUCAGCUGCCAUCAAGACCCUAGCUUCUAAGGACGCACAGCUUUCGAAGUUAACCGAAGACUUACAUGAAAUCAAAAGGACGAUGGAAGAAAGGGAGGAGCACAAAUUGGAGCUGGCACAGGAAAAGAAUAGAAUAGAAACUGAUAUCAACAACAAGAAGAGGGAGCGAUGCAAGGCAAUACUCUUGCUGUCCAUUUAUCAGCAACGAAGUCGCCACAGAAACGGAAGAGCUCCCGACCAAGACGAGACGAGGAUCGCGAGUAUCAUGCAGCACUUCGACGACGUAGAGCGGGUGCUGAAGAAGCUGAUGGAGAAAUGUCCCCAAUCGGAGCGAGAAGCUGAAACGGUCCUUGACUUUAUUAGUGUCAGAAGGGAGUUUUCAAAAUAGUGCCAGGCUCUCAGACACAUGGACGCAGU